CAAUGACAUAAAGAGUUGGAACACUUUGUUCUCUCACAGCACAGAACAUCACCAAAUUUACAGUGCACGAGGCCGCCGUACUGCCCGGUACAAUCUGUAUUCAACAGUCACUCUUCUAGAAUUGCGACCUCGAUUGAGCACUGCAUACUAGCUUCCCGUGAGACAAGCAACACGGCACCUUAGAGCUUCACGAUGCUCGCUUGCGACCUGCGCCGCUCAUAAUGCCCGACUUUAAAACCGGCCAAACGGUGCUCCUCAACGAUGGACGCAAGGCUACCGUACGAUUUGCUGGACAAACCAGCUUCCAGGUCGGCGAAUGGAUCGGCGUAGAGCUCGACGAGAAGACGGGAAAGAAUGAUGGCAGUGUUCAGGGUCAACGCUACUUUGAUUGCCCAGCGGGCUAUGGCAUGUUUGUCAAACCCAUGAUGGCUACCAUUAUUGCGCAGCCGGCAGCACCUGCUAGGGCUUCAGCUGUGAAGAAAGCAACAGCACGACCCAUGAGCUUCAAUCCCGGAGCAACAAAAGCUGUUGCCGAUCCGGCGCUCAGCAAACGCCGAAGCUUGAACGCCCCUAGCCCAAGCCCAGUUCCCAAGACACGGCAAGCUAGUAUUUCGAGCAUAGCAAGAUCCCCUGCAAAAUCCCCGACCAAACCUCUAAGCGCAGCAUCCAGCACAACUGCUUCAAGAACUGGCACGCCAUCUAAUGCUGCUAGAGUACCUUCGGCCGGCGCACGCACUCGAACCUCAAUAACUGCACAGCGAACAUCCAUGCCACCUCCUGCUGUACCCGCAUCGCGACGACAAGCUUCGAUAUCCUCAGUUGCCUCAAGAGGCAGUAUCUCACAUACUAGGAGUGCGAGUGGUCGGACUCCAGUCAUGGGCCUUAGACGACCGUCUGCAGACUCACAAGCUGGUACCGGUAACAGUACACCAGCUCGAGCAGAAUCCCCUAUGAAACAAGACAAGGAGAUCCUUUCACCACAACCAAAAAGCCCGAUCGCCGAACGAACCGCAACUUUGGAGAAGCUCGCUGCCGCCGCGCCUCCAUCAGCCAUAUCACAAGCUCUCGCUGCUAGCGAACCUGCACCCGUACCACUCCCCAGAUCUGUCUCUGGCCCAACAGCAUCUCGCUCUAGUUCUAUGAGCGUCUCGAAUCGCGAAAUCGAGGAUUUGAAGACGAAACUCAAAGUCCUGGAGCGAAAGAGAUUAGAAGACCGAGAUAAACUCAAAUUAUUAGAGAAGAUUCAAGAAGAGCGAGACAAGUUCGAAACAAUUAUUCAAAAGCUGCAACAAAAGUAUCAGCCACAGCAAGAAGAGCUUACAGAGCUUCGCAAGCAGCUCAAGGAGGCCGCUACACGCUUUGAGUCUGUGGAAGCUAUGCAAGCUGACCAUGAUACCAUGCUUGAACUUGCUACGUUGGAUCGUGAGAUGGCCGAGGAGACUGCUGAAGUACUCAAAGUCGAAAUCGAUGCGUUGAAGCAAAAAUCGGAGGAGUUGGAAUUAGAAAACGAGGUUUUGAGAGAGGAAAAUUCCGAGUUCAGCAAGGGAAUGUCUGCUGAAGAACGUGCUAGCACGGGUUGGCUGCAGAUGGAACGAACAAAUGACAGACUACGAGAGGCUCUAAUCCGACUUCGCGACAUCACGGAGGCUCAAGAAGAAGAGCUCAAGGAUCAAAUAACGAGCUUGGAAGAAGACGUCAAAGAAUUUGCAGUUGUCAAAGAAGAACAUGAGACGACAAAGGACAAGCUACAAACUUCGGAAGCAGCCGUUGAGGACCUACGACAGCAACUCGAAACUGCGCUUGGUGCAGAGGAUAUGAUUGAAGAUCUCACCGAACGCAAUAUGAGUCUUUCUGAGAAGAUGGAGGAGCUCAAGGCCAUCAUCGAAGAUCUCGAAAGCCUGAAGGAGAUUAAUGACGAAUUAGAAAUCAACCAUGUACAAAACGAGAAGGAACUGCAGGAGGAACUUGACUUCAGAGACAACUUGAUUUCAGAGAGUAUGCGCAGGGCCGCACAGCAGGAAGAGAACCUGGAGGACAUGGAGUAUACCUUGUCUCGAUUCCGAGACCUAGUUUCCAACCUGCAGACGGAUCUGGAUGAUAUGCGUGCUUCACAAGCUGUUACGGAAGGUGAAUCGGAGAAGCUCAACGACCGAUCGAGAGCGAUGAUGGAUCUGAACAUGAAGCUCCAGAUCUCGGCUGCCAAGGCCCAGGUCAAGACGAUUGAUCUGGAAAUGCGACGACUGGAGGCACAAGAGGCUGAACAGCACCUGGAGAUUCUCAAGCUGUUCCUGCCGGAAACAUAUCUGGAAGAGCAGGGCUCUGUUCUUACGCUGCUCCGAUUCCGCCGCAUUGCCUUCAAGGCCAACCUGCUGAAUGGAUUUAUCAAAGAUCGUCUUAGCAGCCAACCUCAGCCUGGACACGAAGAUGAUAUCUUUGCUGGCUGUGAUGCUGUUGAUAAGUUGGUCUGGGUGGCCACCAUCUGCGAGCGCUUCGUAGACGACAUCAGCCAUUGUUCGAUUGAACAGUUUGCAAAGUAUCAAAAUGCACUGCACGAACUCGAGCCUGUCGAGCGAGCGCUCAAUGGCUGGAUUGACGGCUUGCGAAGAGACGAACUCAAGGAGAAGACCUGCGCCGAAGAAUUGCAACGCACCAUUGCACUCAUGUCACACCUCGCCGAGGUUCACUUGCCCGAGGAUACUGCUGGUCUGGCUGGUGAGCUGUACAUGAAGGCCGUCAUGAUUCAAUCCCAUCUGGACUCAGCAGCCAUUUCUGUCACUACCAUCCGAGCUCUGGUUGAGCGCGCCGUGAAGCCCGAAGAGGCUGAUGACGAAAUGGCGCAGCUUGUGUCCCGAACUCUUGAGAACGUCAUUAUGCAAACAAGAAGCACCAAGGUUAUUGCAGGCAAGACGGUCCGUGCUGUGGAAGACUUGAAGACUCGCUCAUUGUCUCUGUCACCACAGACCAAGAGCUUCUUUGAGCAGGCAGAGGCGGACGGCGCUGACGUUGCCGCGCUAUCUCGCAAGAUUGGUAGCGCUCUGCACGCUUUCCUGACCCAAGACGAGGGACGCACUGAACCGUUUAGCUACACAGACAUCCAAAACACGAUCCACCAAGCUGUGCUGGAUGCUACUUCCAUGAGCGAAUCGGACAUCUUCUCAACGUAUCUGUCGAAGCUUCGUACGGUCACCACGGAGAUUACAGACUUGGUAGGGUUGUCGAGCGACCUGGAGCAGACACAAGAAUUCGACGUCAGCCCUGCGCCAUGGAAGCUGCGUUCUCAAGACCUCAAGACCAUGAAGACUGUCCCUGUAGACGCCGAAGAGGAGCUACGCAAGGUCAAGGACGAAUACAGCGAGGCUCGCCGCACCAUUACUCAGCGAGACGAGCAUCUUAGCACAGCGGUUCUCAAGAUUGAGACUCUUGAAUCGAGAAUGCGCGAUGCCCAAGCCAACAUUGAAAAGAUUGAGAACCUGUCGACACAACUUGACUCGGCAGACCAGCAAGUCACCAGUCUUAAGGAGGACAUUGAGAAGCAAGAUCGCGAGCUCAAGUCACUCGAGCUGGAGCGUGACAAGUGGAAGAAGGUGGCCAGUGACAGCCGAGCCUUUGCCGAUGGAGCUGAUGCUGCGGGCAUGAAGGCUGGCAAGGAACGUGCCGUGGCUACCGCACGAGAGAUGGAAGCUCUCAAGAAGGACAUUGAGAGUCUCCAGUCUGCGGUACGUUAUCUCCGCGAAGACAACCGCCGUGCACGACUCCCCGAGCAGCAGAAGCACCACUGGCUUGCCGAGCCGCUCAAGAAGCCCGCCAGCGUGGUGGAGCAGCGCAAGGCUCUUCUCGUCGCCGAGGGCAAGGACGUCUUGGGCGAACUUGUCAAGAUGGCCGCUGCUUCCAGCGUGUUCGAUCUUGCCUCACUGCCUGCUGACCGACUCUCGUGGCGCCCAGCCAAGACGACGCCGCAGUUCCAAGCAGCCAAGCUCAACGAAGACUAUGCCGCAUGGAAGAGCUGGAAUGCGUCUGUCAUGCGCAAAUCCCACUCGCUACGCUCUACAGUACCCGCUACUACUCCUACUGAUGGCGAGCGACGCAAGCCUGGACCUGUUGCCGCGCGUCUACAAAUCCGUCUUCCUGGCGAUGUCACCCAAAAGGUUGGCCAGCGUCGCGGGCACGUCCAAGUGGUUGGCUCGAGAGAAUGGGAAGCAUUGCAGAGCAGCCGACUUGCAGCGGCCAUUUAAAACCAUAACCUCUUCCGUCUCCUUUGUUUCUUUUUGUGUUGUUUAGCGUGUACAAGAAGAUAUCAUCCUCCCUUUCCCUCACCGGACAGUAUUAUAUGCACAUAAAAAAAGACACUCUAUAGAAAAAGAUAAUUGUAAUUCACAUCGUCUUUACCAUGACCAUCAAACUUUACCAAGCAUUUCUUCCUAGUGAACCACCAAGAAAACAGUAGUAGUACUUUAUGUAUUCAUUCAUUGUAUUGAUUCCCAGAGCUCUGGUGUCGCCUAUCAUUUCAUUUACAACAAACUAACCAUCAUUCGUAUUUUUUGUUCCCACACCAUGCAAAGUAACAAAACAUUUCCCCCCCCUUCAAACAGAUGCUGCCGAGUACCUCCGUUUAUUUCUUCUUCUUAUCCUUCUUCUUCUUGCCGUCAUCUAAUGCUGCCGGAGCCGGUCCUCCAGCACCAGGAAGACCUCCGCCCUGCUGUGCAGCCAUCAAGGCAGCCAUGGGAUCGCCACCGCCCUGCAUAGCGCCCAUGAUAUCCUUGAACAAGUUCUCCGAGACGCCGCCACCUGUCAUGGCCGCACUCAGAUACGGUACGUACUCGUUCAUCUUCCAGCCCCGCGGCACCGCGGGCUUCGGGUACGGCUCGCCCUCUGGCGGAUGGAUCUGGCCGCCCAUGCGCACACGCAGGCCCUGGCUCUUGUCCGUGGUCGGGUUCUCGGCAAGAUGCUUCGCGAUAAGCAGGUACAGGUGGUGCUUGUUGGUGAUGGCGUUGCCCGAGGCCCCGCGCAGGUUAACCUUGACGCGGCCCGGGUUGGACCAGUCCUUGGGGUGCGUCUUCUCGGGCUCGAGCACCGUCUGCAGACGCAGCCGCGAGCAUGCGUUGGCAAUCUCGCGGGCGAGCGGGUUCUUGACAGCCAGGCCGGACGAUACGCGGCGGCCCUCGGCUCGUGAACGGGAGGCGUCAAAGUACACGGGGUACAAGCACUGGAACUUGGCGUAGACGGCGCGGUCGUCUUGUGUGGGCUUGAUGGUGGGCGGGUUGAGCAUCGCCUGCUGCUGGGCUUGGGCGCGGGCAAUGGCGUCGAGCUGUGAUGGCUUGGUGGAGGAGGAGGCAGGGUCGUCGUCGUCAUCUUCGUCGGAGUCCGAGUCGGCAGAGGGCUUCGUGUCAAUGCGGCGCAUGAUGUCGGUCUCGGCGAAGUCGUCGAGGUCCAUCUCCUCGGGGUCGGAGACCAUGUCGGGGUCCGAGUCGGACACUUCUUCUAUGCGUGGAUGAGACAUGGUGGAAGACGGAGAAGAAGCGGAAGGAGUGGCGGUUGGUGGCGACGGGGGAUGGAGAGAGAGGGAGAGGGAGAGGGGAGGAGGGGUCGUUGGCUGGCGAUGUUGGCCUCUGGCGG